CCUGUUCUGAGACGCAUCAUUUGGCAACCCAUCACAGUUCCUCUCCGGUGAAGCUAAGCUACAACCCUACUGCGUUUGCCAUCACUGCUGGAUAGAGCACUACAACCUUAGGCUCGCCAGGCAAAAAAAUAGCGCGGGAAAUAUAUUAAACAUCUCAGGGGUGUAACAGAGGAGGGAAGGUGCACUCAGGAUGGUUACCAUUCCAGAGUACUACGAGGGAAAAAAUGUUCUCAUCACAGGGGCCACAGGCUUUAUGGGGAAAGUACUUCUGGAGAAGCUGCUACGCUCUUGUCCUGGUGUCAAAGCUGCCUAUGUGCUUGUCCGGCCCAAAGCAGGACAGGUGCCCAAUGUCCGAAUUGCUGACAUGAUCAACUGCAAGCUUUUUGACAGACUGCGAGAGGAGCAGCCCGAUUUCGCAGAGAAGAUCGUGGCGGUCAACAGCGACCUGACGCAGCCAGAUCUGGACCUCAGCAUAGAAGACCAGGAGACCCUCGUGGGCUGCAUUAACAUAGUGUUUCACUGCGCUGCCACCAUCCGCUUCAACGAGCCUCUGAAAGAUGCCAUGCAGUUGAAUGUACUGGCCACGCAGAAGAUGCUUAACUUGGCUCACAGAAUGAAGCAUUUUUGGUGUUUAUCCACGUGUCCACGCCUAUGCCCCUGUGACCGAGAGCUCAUUGAAGAGGUGGUCUAUCCUCCACCGUCGAUUACAGGAAGCUCAUAG